UUCAUUUGUUGUAUAGAGAUACUUACUGUUUGACCCUAAUCUUUCUUUAUUUAGUGUUUAAUGAUGGAUAUGAAUCAUGAAGAGUCAAUUAUGAGGAAGGAUAAUUUUCUUCCUGAAAAUGUUGAUAUUAAAAUAGAAAUAGUGAAAGAAGAGAUGAGAGAAGAUUUGAUGAUCAAAUGUGAAGCCUGUAAGGAGUCUAUAAGUGGAACAAUAUGCAUUCAUAACAUGCAAUGUUCUGAUGGUAGCAUAAAGAGUGAAAUAAUGGAUAACCAGAUAAUCACAGCCCAGGAACUCGAAGAUUCCAAAGUCAAGUGUACUGAUUUAGAAUUGACACUAGAUCAGGAAAGUUCCGUUGAUACUAAACAGUUUUCUCCAUUUAACACAGACAUUGUCAAAACUGAAAUCAAGAGUGAAAUAGAGGACGAAGACAAUGUUUUUUAUGAAAAUUCAAGUGAAACAAUUACCAAUACAGAGUCCCGUUUGAAUUCUGAUAUGUUAUAUCCAGAUAAUUUUUUGCAGGGAUCCUCCAAAGAAUCUCAGAAGAAUAUUGAAACUGAGGAAAGAGAAUAUGCAGAUGAAAAACUCUUUCAAUGUAAUUUCUGCUGUAGAUCAUUCACUCACCUGAGUGACUUGAAGAACCAUGAGAGCUACCACAAGACUGAAACAUCACAUAGUUCUACAAUUGAUUCUGGAAAAAAUGAGUAUAAAUGUGAAACCUGUUCAAAAUCUUUUUCAGA